AUGCGUUUGCUGCACAUUUGCCUUGUACUGCUCUUCUCCGCUGAAAUCUCAUCACAGCACUGCGAUUUGCUUAGCUUCCAGCAGAAGAAACUAAACAAAGAUAGCUUAGAGCUCCUGGAGAAAAUGGGGGGAAAUUUUCCCUUCCAAUGCUUCAAUGAAAGGACUGAUUUCAAGUCCAUGCAAGAUGUUCUCAAGCUCCAAUCGUCCCAGAAAGAGAAUGCGAAGUUGGCAAUUCAGAACAUCCUCCAAGAGAUCUUCACAGUCUUUAGCAAAAACCUCACACAAACUGCCUGGGGUGAGAUUUCCAUCAUUACCUUCCAAAACAAACUUCACCAGCAAAUUGAGAGACUGGAAGCCUGUUUGGGUUUCCAGAAGGAGAAGGAUGGAACCAAGAUGGGAAGUGAUGGUCUAGUGCUCACCAAGCUGAAAAUCAAAAGAUAUUUCCAGGGAAUAUACAAUUUCUUGGAAGAGAAGCAGUACAGCCUGUGUGCCUGGGAGAUCAUCCGCAUGGAAAUGACCAGAUGUUUUCUGCUUGUUGACCAACUCACAAAAAGUAUUUAA